ACCGAGCAUAGAUUCCCUUGGAGCCAUUGCCAUUUCCGUUGCUCCUCUUCGUCUCCUCCAUCCAUUUCAGAACCGGCAAUCCAGAUUCAACAUGGCUCGCGCCAUCGCCGCUCACUCCGCACUCCUGUCUCAACUGGCGGUCCGCAGCCCCGUCACAGCGAGCCACGCGUCAGCCGCUGAUAGGCUCCAUGCCGCCAUUCUCCCCGUGAAUCCUCUGCGCGCUGCGGCUGCACGAGGAGUCAGCAGCAGGAGCCACGUGUCCCGCGUCAACGUGUCGGCUUCUGUCGCAACCGAACCUAAUUCCAAGGACCUCCAGGCGAAGUUCGGCAAGGACGGAGUGAGCUUCGACGACGGUCUGGGCGGCCUGCCACGUGUCACUCUCACAGACGCCUCAGGAAGCACGGCAGAGGUGUACCUCUACGGUGCCUGCACCACUUCGUGGAAGCUUCCGUCCGGCGAGGACCUGCUGUUCGUGCGGCCUGACGCGGUGUUCACGGGGCAGAAGCCCAUCAGCGGCGGCAUUCCGCACUGCUUCCCGCAGUUCGGCCCGGGCGCCAUGCAACAGCACGGCUUUGCGCGCAACCUGUCAUGGGAGGUGGAGGCAGCGGAGGGGGGUGCGUCUCCCUCCCUCACCCUCGCCCUCUCCGACAACGAAUACUCGCGUGCCAUGUGGGACUUCGCCUUCAAGGCCACCUUCAAGAUCACCCUGUCCGGUGGCAAGCUGGAGACGGCCUUCACUGUGGCCAACACGGACAGCAAGCCCUUCUCCUUCACCACCGCGCUGCACUCCUACUUCCGGGCUGCUAUUGGCGGAGUGAAAGUGACAGGCCUCAAGGGCGCUAAGUCCCUCAACAAGGACCCCGACCCAACCAACCCCAUCGAGGGCGUGGAGGAGAGGGACGAGGUGACCUUCCCCGGCUUCGUGGACUGCAUGUACCUGAACACGCCAGAGGAGCUGGUGCUGGACAACGGGCUGGGCAGGAAGCUGGCGAUCCGCAACAAGGGGUGGACGGACGCCGUGGUGUGGAGCCCGCACCUCACCAUGCCCGCCUGCUACCUCGACUUCGUCUGCGUCGAAAACGCCAAGCUAUCAGAGGUGGAGCUGCAGGCGGGCCAGACAUGGACUGCAGAGCAGGAGUUGGUGGCGUUGUGAGGGCAUGGUGCUAUGAUUGGUGCUGUAUUACCUGUAUUGGUGCUGUGAAAGCAAUUUUGUUCGUGCCUAGCAUGGCACUAUGGCAAACUGCAUGUUGCGUACAAGUGAGCACCGUGCACAUUCGUAGUACCCUCUUGUUUGGCUGGCACAGAAUAGUCAACCACCUGAAGCAGCAAUGACAGACGUAGAGAAAGCGAUACCAGUGUGGGCCUUGAACAUAACCAACAGCACAUAU